GUGCAGUGAAUGUGUAUUACUUGCUUGAAGAACCAAGCAAGAACUAUCUAAGACCGUGGCUACGGUCGUCGUAUAUAUCUAAGGUGGACCAAUCAGGGCGUUGGUCCUGGAUGAUCAGUGCGGUCAGUGUGCUCAGUGCGAUCAGUUCCCACUGAUCGCCCUGAUCAUACUGAUCGCGCUGACCGCCUUGCUAUUGGCUGCACUCGCGUGAAGCGGGGAACUACCCCGCUUCCUUGCGCCAGCCAAUAGCGGGAGGCUCCGUGCAGCCUCCUGCGCGCUUGAGCCAGGAUCGUAACACGAUGCCCCCCCUCUCCCAGGCUUCGUCCCGAAGCCAGCGACCGCUGGCGAUCAGGAGCUCUGCUAUGCCUUCCUGUAUGCGGUGCCGCGAGAAGUCCCUGACCUGUCGGGCUCCUCCGAACGCCAAGCGCUGUGCUGAAUGCACCCGCGCUGGGAACAUGCGCUGUGGCCUUGACGGGCCUGACUCAAAUCCGCGACUGCUCGGCGCCGGCGCGCCGGCGCGCCAGCGUGCUGCCUUCCAGGCCAAGAUAGCGAAGAUCUUUUCUCACGAGGACGCGGCCAUCGCAGAGCUGGAAGAGGAGGAGCGGCUCGAGACCCUGGCGGCCCCCGAGGCGGCACCCCCCGUGUCGCCCUUCUCUAUUGACUGGGGAGCGGCGGACAUUGACCAAGCGCUGGCCUUUGGCUCUCCCGACCCUCUGACUCCCCUACCUUCGGGCCAGGUCUAA